AUGGCCACCAUAACCUCACCCCGAACCCAAUCACCAGCAAGCAGUACUCCAAGAAUUAAAUCACCAUCAAUAGCAGAAACACCCACCUCAUCUACUCGCGGAUCCUUCGACCUCCCUCUCCGCUCCUCCACUGCAGCCGGCGGUCCGCCUCCCCAACGUAAAGGCAACCGCACCGCCCUACGAGACUACUACAACCUCAAAUCCAAGCCGCAAUCACAACUUCCACCCGGCCACCUCUCCCGCACAGCAAGCAUAACCUCAACAACCUCCGACCUCAGUACCGCCCCCUCAACCAUAACACUCAUCGAGAAUGGCUCAACAACAUCAACCCUCACCGCACAGCUCGAUGACACCGACUUCGACGUACAGACAUACAUCAACGACCUCCUAGCGACAUCUUCGCUGAAAGAGAUACUAAAAGUCGAGGCGACUCUGGUGUCUGAGAUUCGCAAUCUCGACGGCGAGCGCAAGGCUCUGGUCUAUGAUAAUUACAGUAAGCUGAUCAAGGCUGUGGGCACGAUUGGAGAGAUGCAGAGGACCAUGAAUCAGAGUGCUAGUGGGUUGUCGGAGGUUGGGAAAUUGGAAGGGAAGAUGGAGGGGUUACGGGAGGUUGUGCGUGUGAUUGGCCAGCAGGCUAGUGACGAGAAGAAGAAUGCGGCUGAAGAGGGAAGGAGAGCAAGGAAAGCAGCCAAAGAACAACAAAAGAAGAGGGAGCUUGUCAGAUGGAUAUUGGACGCGCCCAAUCGGUUGCGUGAUAUGCUCGACAAUGGACAGCUAGAUGAGGCGAGGAAGGAUUGCGAACUUGUACAGAAAUAUCUUGAUAGAUGGAAGGGAGUAGGAGGUGUGGAAGAGGUCAGACAAGCUUGUACGAACAUCAUGGCGACCGCCGAACAGGAGCACAAACAAAGUAAUGGUGAGUCCUAG